CGCCAUCUUGUGGUGCUCCGUGAGCAGCGCAGCCGGGAGCACGGGCAGCUCUCGCGAGACUUGAGCAGUCCAGUGGUUUUCAAACUAUGGCUUCCUCUCAGACUGAACUACGGUUACAAGUUGAUUCUGAGCCCAGAAACCUGCUUUUUCUGCCGACCCUGAGGGUGAUGAUGAUGGAGCCAGCAGACAGCUGAUGUGUCCUGAGGAAGAUGAGUGAAGAUGAAGAGGAUGAAGCUGAGGGUGAACCACAGACAGCUGCUGUUUCUGUCCAGAGAGGAAACAUCUGGAAACUUCCAGAGAGAAGGAACACUGCGAGUGGGACGACAGGAGAGAGAAGAACAGCCUCUAAUAGAACGUAAGGGUUCCUCUGAGUGUGUUCUAACAUCCUCCUCUGUGUCAGAUCUCAGCGAGAAGUUCUGUCGGCUGAGAGGGAACCUGCUCUUCAUCCUCAACAAGCAGGGUGGAAAGCUGGAGGAGGUUCUGCUGCUGGAGAGAUGUGAAGUAAUGAAGCUUCCAGAUGAUGACAGACGGCUGGCCGUCAGCUUUGACAGCGGCGACCCUCGGGUGUUCAUCAAGUGCAGCAGCUCUGCAGAUUGUACUUCCUGGCUCGAGGUCCUGAGAGAUGCCAACACUGAGAUGCUGAGACGACGCAUCACACACCUCCGCACACUCAUCGACACACACACCGCCCAGCACACCCAACAACACACACACGUGGCCUCGGUCUGUGGGGGGGAUGAGAGCCUGGAGGAUGCUGCAGCUGCAGGUGGAGCUGAACCUGCUGCUAAAGUCACUCCACUGCACCUGAGGGUCGGUGUGGUUACCGUGGCAGCCAGAGUCCAGAUUCAAGUUUCAGUGAUCGACACACACACUCACACACUGAGGAAGUAUUGCUGUACUGAGGCAGUGCAGGGGGCGGAUGAUGACGGUGUGUUUCUGACAUCAGUGAGUUUCUGUGGCGACUGUCCUCUCUACCAUCACAGCAGGAUCAAAGUUACCGUUUACCAUGCAGAGGAGCCGACGACACACACCGCAAGGAGCUUUCUGGGCUUCACCUCCUUCUCCAUCAGAGAUCUGCUCAGGUCCAAGGAGCCUCACAUCUCCAUGAGCCUCAGGACGAUGGAUGGAGUGAACGAGGUCGGGGAGGUGAAGGUGUCCCGUCUGCAGAUGGAGGGAGAGAGUGAGGACAAAACUCCUCCUGAACACAAGUGUCCGGCGCUGUGCGACAGCCUUCACAGCUCCUUCCAAGACAAAGAAAACAGUCCGAUGAUGAGAGCAGUGUUGUGUGCUCAGGUGUGUAAGGUGUACAGGUUUCAGACAGAGGAUCAAAGAUGGCUGCUGGUCCGGGAACAGAUGUCAGAGACGCCGCUGUCGUUCUCUUUACCCAAACAGCUACUGAGCGCGCUCAUACGCGAGCACACGAGCAGGAUCCAGGAAGUGAAGGAGCUUGGUGACCUCUCACCUCACUGGAACGAGCUCCGCCAUGAUGUCAUCAACCACUGUAACCACCUGAUUGGCUGUUAUCAGGAAACGCUCGCUGAGCUCGACAAACUCUCAGCGUCGUCCUGUUUCAAGUCCAGCAGCAGCAAAUCAGACAAACACCUUCAGUUUGUUCCAACCAACCUGCACUCACAGAGGAUGGAGGUCACCAGUCCUGACAGCACAGGUGUUUGGUACGAGGUGAUAACAGUCGGAGCUCCGGCUGAUCACCAUCAGUCCUUCAAACACGGAGGACUGAAGAGACUGCUGAGCAAACACACCAACCACAGAGACAGCUCUGUCUCGUACUCCCGUGAUGAGAGCUCCAGAGCAAGGGAGCUGCUGUCCAGCGUGGCCCAGCUGCAGCCUCUUGUGUUCGGGCUGGCUGAGGAGCUGCUGUCGGUCUCUCUGGAGCUGAACGUGACCCGGCUGCAGCAGGUUCUGGAUGGUCUGACGCAGCAGACAGAACUGUUUGUUCACGCGCUCAAAGAUGAGCUGGUGAAAAGCGCCCUGCUGCUGAUCCACAGCCAGCGCUCGGACGGCACCAGCAGCCACGCCCACAGCAACGGGUCGCUGUGUGACAGCGCGACAGCCAAUCAGGAGGGGCAGACCUCGCUACGGCAACAGGACGAGUACGACGAGGAGGAAUGGGACAGGGCGUGGGCGAACGUCGCCAUGAGCCUCAAUUGCAUCAUUGCCAUGGGUGACCGGCUGCAGGGGCGGGAGGACCACCCACAGGAGAUGACAUCAUCAGAGCAGCAGGAAACCACCGGCGACACAAACUCUCAGAACACCGCCUCCCCGUCCUCCUCCUCGGCCUCCUCCUGGCAGGAGCAGCUGCUCCCCCUGGUGGUCACUCUCAGGGACUGUGUGCGUGAGGCGGUGGAUAAGGCCCGGACCGCCAUGACCUUCGUGGUCCUGCAGGGGGCGGUGACGGGGACAGUCGCUCAGGGACCGGCACACAUCAUGCUGAGACGCCACGCUGUCUUCAGCCAGGCGCUGUCAGCAGUGGUGUGUGGCUUCGUGUUGAAGCUGUACGGAGGUCUGGAGGAUCAAGACUUCCUGCAGCAGCUUCACUCUGUCGGAGUUCUGGCUCAGUUUGAAGGCCUGCUCAGCACCUACGGUGACGAGGUGGGGAUGCUGGAGGACAUGGAGGUGGGCGUGGCUGACCUGAGCAGUGUUGCGUUCACUGUCACCGAGGCCAAAACAGAACAACCAGACGACCUGCUGCCGACGCUCAGGGGAGCAUGGGGCAGUUUGGUUGUCGAGGUCCCGUUGCCCCCGGAGACCUUCGGGUCGUUGCCCCUGGAACUGAGAGAGGGACGUUUGAUACGAGUUCAUCCAGUUCUCUUCAACAUCGGAAUCAACCAGCAGCAGAGUCUGGCUGAGAGGUUUGGCGACAGCUCGCUGCAGGAGAGAGUGAACCAACAGAGCUGUGAGCGUCUCAGAGCGUUCUGUCACAGUCUGAGAGACACGCUGCCUCACACGGCUGGUAUCCAGUCACUAUCGGACCUGUUGUCGUCUUUGGAUCGCAGCUUAGAAACCAGGAAGCGGAAGAACGUGGAGGUUCUGUGGAUUGCUGCGAUGGUAUGUCGAAAGGUGAACGGCGUGCGUCUGACGAGCUGUAAGAGCGCGAAGGACCGCACAGCGAUGUCGGUGACGCUGGAGCAGUGUGUGUUACUGAGAGAGCGACACACACUCAGCCAGCAGCACUUCAGCACCGCCCUGGACUGCAUGAGGAGGGAUGGCUGCAGGAUGGAGAACGUGCAGAAGAACGUGGGCAGCAGGAAGUUCGCCUUCAGCGGCGUUCAGCUCCUCACCUUCCCCAAACUGUACCGACCUCCAGACGGCAGCUUCGGGUCGUCGACACACUGACACUUUAUCUUUUUUAGAGUUUUUAUUUUAAGAUGUGUUUGUUUUAAUCAUGUAAAGUGUGUGUUUGUUUUAUAAAGAUGUGAAUGUUGUGUGAAUGUUCCUGACGAUCCUCUCAGCUGUUCACUGUCGCUGCAGAUGUUUGAUUACAAACAUGUUUCUGCAACAAAUGACAAUUAUAAAAAUGUUUGAAACAAAAGUUUACUGAUGCUGGGCCGGAUCAGAACCAUCAGACCUGUAGGGGGCCCAUGUUGUCUCAGAACCACACAGUAUUAUACUCUUAUGCUGGAUUAAAACCCUGCCUAAGGUUU